AUGGGGAAGGCCAAAGGGGAUGGAGCCUCGAAAAAGUCAGUCCAGAAGCAAAAGCAAAAGGUGAUUGAAGACAAAACAUUCGGCCUCAAGAACAAGAAUAAAUCGAAAAAGGUUCAGCAGCAUAUCAAUUCCGUAGAAAAGAAUGUGAUGAAUUCAGGAGAUCCAAAGAUGCGGAAAAUGGAGGAGCAGCGGCAAAAGGCCAAAGCCGAUGCCAAGGCUCGCAAGAAGGCCGUCAAGGACGAGCAGGAUGCCUUAUUUGGCGCCGCGUUGUUAGCAGUUUCAAAGAAAAAGACAGUGGACAAAAAGGAAGGAAAAGUGGAAGCCGCAGGCCGUGAUGCAAAUGACGAGGGUACCAAAAAGAGUACCAGUAGGGCGAUGAAAAUGAUGUACCAAAUGGAUGCACAAGAAAUGAGCGAUAAGCUGAGAGAAGAUCCAAACUAUGUUCCUUCGCUAGAAGAUGAGAUUGAAGCGCAACGCCAGAAAAAAGUAGACGAGCUGAAAAAGUCAGGCAAAGGUACGCCGGUCACACCAGAGACCUUUCAGGUUUGGCAGGAUAAGAAACGGAAAGCAAAAUCUGAUGCAGCCAAAAAACUCGUGGAAGCCGAGUUCAAAAAGAAAAAAGGAGGGAAAGGGCUGGCGAUUCUAUCAGGGCGUGCACUAUACGAAUACAAAAAGGAAUUGUUUGUGGAUCGGGACGAUGACGACCUGGACGAGGUACCGGUAGGUACUUCUCGACAAGCAUCAACCGUUGGAGAUAACGAGAGCAGUGAUAAUGGCGACCAAGAGGUACUACACGUGGCUACUCAAGUACAGAGUGACCUCUUCUUGGAAGGCGAGGAUGACGAAUUGGAUGAUCUUGAGGACUGA